AUGAUUAUUCACAUUUCUAACAGCUCGUCGUAUAUCUGGCUCUCAGUUUACUUUUACAAAGAGCCUUUGAGUUUGAAACUUUUAAUUUCAAUUUUCGAAUUAUCAUCUUGCAUUUUAUGUGGUUAUAUUUUGAAUUUAAGCAUCUUUGUUAUGCUGAAAAUCCAACUUUUCCACAAAAACCUCAUGUUCCUAACAGUUCCACUAUUUGCAAUAUGGCAUGAACUUAUAAUCGGGAAAUUUAUCACUAUAGCAUAUAGACUUAAAAUUGUUAAUCCGGGGUUUGAGCUCGGCGAGCACACUGUUUUCUGGACAAAUGACCCGGACAAAACACUUGAAGUUGCGGGUUCCAGUGGGUUGGAAUUAUUGAUAUUUGGAGGUUUUCUACAGUGGCAUACUAUUUAUAGCAUUGUUUUUGGGAUUUUGGCAGUUGCCACCGAGAGGACUAUUGCAUCGGUUUAUAUUAAAGAUUACGAAUCCAAAGAACGAAUUUAUAUACCAAUUAUUCUAACUAUCAUCAGCCAACUUCUAUCAAUUUCCAUAUCACUUGCAAUUAUCACCCAAAGUAUUGGACCUUUUCUAGCGAGACUUCCUUUUGUGAUUUGUGCGCCUUUAUCUGUGUUGGUUUUUUUAUUUAUCAAGCAUACCAAUCAAUCUCUUCUAAAAGAGAUAUGCAACCCGAAACGAACUCGAAUUUUCACAGUUUCUCAGCAAUGUCAGGUGAAGGAGAAUUUGCGAGCUUUACGGCUAGGCACUCGUUUGGUAGUGGUUGUAAUAUUUUACAUUUCGAUCUGUGGAUUUGGAAUCGCCGCGCUCACUUUCGGCUUGAUUCCGGCAGGGUUUGGGCAUUUGAUUGAGAAUUUUCUGUUUUUACAUCCCUACCCAAUAUGCUUGACUGCAAUGUUCAGCAUACCUCAAUGGAGGGAUCAGUUUAAAAAAUCUAUAUUGCCAUUUUUGAAUAGACGCCUGGCGAAAAUUGAACAAGUGGUGACUGUCAGAAUUGAGGUCAAUGUGCAAAAUUCUUCAAGUGUCGAGACGGAUAUUUAUUUCAGACAACUUACAGAAUCGUGGACUUAG